AUGGUACUCAACACUGAAUUUUUGGCAAGUUUUGUUGUUUGAUCGCGCUUUUUGCUAUUAAUUUAAUAAACUGUAUUAAAAUGGUUCUUAUUAUGCGUGUUUCCCCGCCGGAACAUGGUCUGCUGUAUACGGCUAACAAUAUCAAGCUGAAACUGGGCGACAAAGUGGUGGGCGAAGGCACCGUAUACAUUGCCCAAAACACGCUAUCCUGGCAGCCAACUGAGUUGACGGAGGGUAUAUCCAUUGAGUGGAAGCAGGUUAGCCUGCACGGUAUCUCUUCGAAUCCGAGGAAGUGCAUCUACUUUAUGCUGGACCACAAAGUCGAGUGGAACGGCGUCUACGGAGAUCCGCCCCAGCAGGCAGUCAAUGGUCGGAAUGGCGGUGGUUCGGAAGCGGAAGUGGACGAGGGAAAUGGCAGCGAUGAGCACGAUGAGGACGACAAUUUCGAGGAUGCCGUAGACGAGCAAUUUGAAGAGGUCACAGAGUGCUGGCUUAUGCCGGAGGACAUUCACACCGUAGACACUAUGUAUAGUGCCAUGACGACUUGCCAGGCCCUUCAUCCUGAUUCGGCAAACAGCGAUUCGGAAGACAGCGAUCUUAUGCAGGAUGCCGGUGGCUUAGAGGAUGAUGCCAUGGAGGAGGAUGAUGCUUUGACGCUGGGACGCAACGGCGUGCAGAAUCUCAGUUUGGACGACGACGACGAGCGAUUCGAGGACGCUGACGAGUGAAGCAUAAUCUAUUUAAACAUCAAUAUCCCGUUUUAUACCAGAUAAAGUUUACGAUAUAUAUGUAUUGGAUUAGAUUUUGGAGUAAUAAAUAGAACGCGGUAAGCGCGAUUAAAACUA